GCAACCCUGUCUUUAGCUCAGCUUCUUCUUUGCGGAGGAAAACAAAGCCAGUCAACAUUGAAAGUCGGAAAAAUUAGCAUCGGGAAUCGUCGCCGUCACACUAACUACAACUGUGAAACAGACGAGCAGAGUUACAUCUAACAGUACGUGACACGUUUGAUGGUCCAUCAACCCCACUAAUGAUUCAUUAGCAUUAAGCUACUUCGAUACUUCCUAAGGAUGGCUAGUUGUGGGGAGGUCGACCACUCUGUUAGCUCACUUCCGUCCAGCAAGAAAGGCAGCAGUAGUGGUGGUGGAAGUGGAAACAGUGCUGAUGCAUCAUGCUCGGGCUCCAGCACUUCAUCUCCAGCUCUGUCUGUACCGGAGUGUGCCAUCUGUCUCCAGAGCUGCGUUCACCCAGUCCAACUGCCAUGCCAUCAUGUCUUCUGUUUCCUGUGUGUGAAAGGAGCAUCUUGGCAGAGCAAACGCUGCGCUCUCUGCAGACAGGAGGUACCCGAUGAUUUCCUAGAAAGGCCCACACUUCUCUCUCCAGAGGAGCUGAAAGCAUCGGCGGGAGGUCGCGGUGGCGCCGCCAGUGAUCAUGCUUGGUAUUAUGAGGGUCGUAAUGGUUGGUGGCAGUAUGAUGAGCGAACCAGCCGCGAGCUUGAGGACGCUUUCUCCAAGGGCAAAAAAACAGCAGAAAUGUUGAUUGCUGGUUUUUUGUAUGUAGCUGAUUUGGAGAACAUGGUGCAGUACCGGCGCAAUGAGCAUGGUCGUAGACGCAAGAUGAAGAGGGACAUUUUAGAUAUCCCAAAGAAAGGAGUCGCAGGACUGCGUUUGGACACUGAGGGUGUUACUGGAGCCAUUGGGGCAGUGGGCCGUGAAAACUCUGCUGAUGGGGCUGACACCACACUAGCAGGUGUACAACAGCAGGUCACAGGUAUUCCAUCUGUGGUUACAGCCCCUUUAGCUACUGCCAGACCUCCAACCUCUCUUGGGGGUCAGCCUGGCACCAGCGCCAGCCCCUCUCUGGAGGAUGCUCUCUCACAGCUUCAGAUCAGUCCCAGGCCCACUAUCUCUCAUGAGCGGUCAGAGGCUGGGGAAGGAGAGGAAGAAGAGGAGGAGGAAGAGGAGGAGGCCUCACCCUCCAGGUCCUCUGAUCCUCACACAUCUGUGGACGAGUCUGGCUCUGGAGAUUGGAGUGACGAUGAGGAAGAGGGGAAUGAUGAGGAGGAGGAGGGGGGAGACGAAGAGCACGUAGAGCUGUUGGAGGAUAGGCCAAGGAGGCAAAGACUGAAUCCAGAGGACAGAGCCCCCCCUGGUGCAGAGUCCGCCUCUCCCUCUUCCUCAUCCAGUAGCAGUGGAAGGUCCAGAAUGCCUGAUGGCCAGUGUACAGUGACUGAAGUGUGAAGUCGUUCCAUUCCACUAAUUUAUUCCUGACUUUAUGUUGUCUUUUACUCAGUCACAGAUCGGAUGUGGGCAGAUGGCUUGGUACAUGGAAAAUUACACGAAUAAAACAAACUAAACUAACCAUGUUUUUAUGUAAAGAACUAAAUUUUAGCAAUCAAGUCGUAUGGCUCACAACGAUCUGUGCGUAUCUGUAUGACUUGUGUAUACCCAACCACUCCAGUAGAUUAAAUGUUGGGUUUUAUGUUCAAGCACUGAGCAUUAUAGUAGUAAAACACGAGGUGCUGCUUUGCAAACAUGCAGAUGAACAUGCAGUGUGUUGCUUUUAACCAUUUAAUCUCGGUUACACAAUUCUCCACAUAGGAUUCAUGGGAGAUUGGUGUAACAGACUUACCAUGGUGUUUGCCUGCCAUCAGUCUGCUCAAAUUCAGUCUCUCAGUUGUAGACAUAUCAAGUCUGAACGUUUUACAUCCCAGAUAAGUGCAGCUUUAAAGAGUAAAGGGAUCUGCUAAUCUGCUUCUGCAAAACCUUGUGGUUUUAAAUUUAUGAUCUAAUACUCGGAGGGCUUGUCACAGAUUUGUGAUGUGCAGGGAAAGAAGACGUACACCAGGAUGUUACUCCUGGAAAUGGAACUGUGUCAUUUUACAUUAUUGUGAACGGCAGCAUUCCAAUCAUCUACAGUUUAACUCUCUCAGCUAACAUAGUACACAGAGGGGCUUGUUGGAGCUCAAGUCACCUGACCAGUGUCGGAAAUAAUUGAAUCGUUGGUGAACAUGCAUAAAUAGUUUCUCUACUUCAGAUUUAUCUAAUUUUGUAAUUUUUCCUUUGGAGUUCCCAAACAACUCUUAAUAAAAAUGUGUUUUUUCAGAGCUGAUUGUGAUUUGAAGGUUGAUUACACAGGUGAAAAAAAGAAAUUCAAGAACUAGUUGAUACUCUCAAGCGGCCUGGGUAAUUCAAUUUUAUUCCUUGUGUUUUACCACAUAGUCCUGUAACUCCGGAGCCCACGGGCAGAUUACACCUGCACCUGUUUGUCUUAAAUUUCAGAAAAGCCAAUGUAAAGAUUAUGAAACCAGUUUGAACUGAAUGUGCAUAAUAGGUGUACAUAUCAAAUUUACUCGAUCUUUUCCCAGCUUAUAAUAAUUGGCAUUUCAAUGUGAAGUAUCAGUGCUUUUCUUUGAAAACUGUUGAAGGCUCCGGACCUUAUUAGUAUUCUUAUGGUCACUAAAGUAUUGUCAAUUGGUGUGUCUAAAGUUUUGUGGUUUGUGUGUGUUUGAAGAGAGAGUUAUUUAGACACUAAUGGAGUGGCAAGAUGUUGGAAGUGGAUAAUUUUCAGUUUAAGUAAAUGUUUUUAAUUUGUUGUUUUUUUUUCCAUUUCUUACGGUUGUGAAUUAUUUUACUUUUGAUGUCAAAGGCAGUAGAAGAAAAACAUGUCUGCAAUAAGGUCACCCUGCAGAAAAAUUCAACUUAUGUUUUUUUUUUAUUUCUUACAUGCUUACAUCAUCCGCUUUUAGACUUCUCACUCUGAAAAUUAAAGUUUGUGUACGUUUUUGCUUGGCAAGUUUUUUUGUUACAUGGUUUGUAAUUUAAGAAUAAAUUGUGACAUUCUUCAUCCUAAAAGGA